GCAACUAACUAUUUCAACUUAUAACAAUAUGUACCUAAUUAUUGAAAAACAAAUAGGUACAAUAUAAUUUGCCGAAAAUAGAAUAAUUUUAUUAGGAAGUAAAAUUAUUAUGUUUCGGUCAAAAGAAGUGGGAACCCCAAGGCUUCUUUUAGGAUUCAACUGAAUAGUACCUAUAUAAGAUGGUUCCCAAUUUAUUACAUUCUAUCAAUCAUUUUUUUGUUAUUAAAUAUGAAGGUACAAUUGUUGGUGUAAUUUUCUUGUGAUUUUUUUUAUUAGUUUUUUGUUUUAGGUUUUUGUUUGUUUGUUUGUGCUCGUUGCAGCUUUCAGCUACAGUGAAGGUAAGAUUUUUAAUUGAUAUUUAACUUUUUAUAAAUUUGUGAUUUUUUUUUGAAUUUAUUUUACGUUUAGAAAUCUUUAAUGUAAAAAUGUUCUCUAUAUUGUGUACUUAUAUAUUUUUUGUGUGUACUUGUUUUACAAUAAUUACUAUUAAGUUUUCAUCAGAAAUUAUUUGGUUUUUUUGUUUUACAAAAGUGCAUGUUUUUUUAUUUAUAGCCGGUCAUCUGAUAUCCUCAGGAGGCGGAUACGGAUACGGAGGUGGCGGCGGAUACGGAGGUGGCCACGGUGGAUACGGAGGUGGCAACGGUGGAUGGUCUAGUGGCGGCGGCGGAGGCGGUUAUUCUGGAGGCAGCAAUGGUUGGAAUCUGGGCGGCGGCGGCGGUCAUGGAGGAGCCGUUAAAGUCAUUUUUGUACCCGUCAGCACCGGAGGCGGAUAUGGAGGCGGUCAUGGUAGCGGAUUUGGAAGCGGUCAUUCAUCGGGCGGAUAUUCAUCUGGCGGUCAUGGUGGUGGAUUAGGAGGCGGUUAUGGUGGCGGAUUUGGUGGCGGUCACUCAUCUGGCGGAUAUUCAGGAGGCCACGGAGGCGGCAUUGUAGGUGGAUACGGCGGCGGUUAUGGAGGAAAUAGUGGAUGGAAGUCUGGAGGAAGUGAGUUUUUUGAUUUCCAAAAAAUUGCAAAUUUGUUUAAAUAUUUAUUUUAUAUUUUAUUUUUUUCUUUAUAGGUGGAUGGUCAUCUGGUGGAAGUGGAUGGUGGUAAAUUGAAUUUUCAUGAAAAUUCAUAAAAUUUUGCUCUUUGUGAUUUGUAAAUAUAUUUUUUAAUAAAUGUAUUUG